GUCACGUGCUGCUAUAACAUACCCUUCUCUUUCAAUUUUGACUUCGUUGGCCGGAACCCCCUCAACGACCACACUCGAUGAGCUGUGUCUUUUCAAAGCCGCUGGAACCUAUUGAACUCUUGACAUGUCAAGUGGACCGACCCUUAUCUUCAUACCAGGCUCCUGGCAUAGACCGAUAUGCUAUGACCCGGUUAUCAAGCUCCUAGAGCCUCAGUACAAUUGUGUCGCAGUGCCUCUUCCAUCAACAGCACAUAAUCCCGAAGCGAGUUUCAAAGAUGAUCUAGAUGUAACCCGGGAUGCGAUUUCAGUCGAGACCAGUAACGGGCGCGAUGUCGUCGUUAUUGCGCACUCAUAUGGCGGCAUGGUGGGCAACAGCGCCAUUAAAGGCUUCACAAAGCCACAGGACUCUGAUAACAGUCAAUCAGGAUACGUUAUCGGCCUCAUUCUCAUAGCCUCUGGCUUCACCUUGACUGGGCUGUCAUUUAUGGAUCCAUUCUUCGGUCGUCCGCCGCCUGCCUGGCGUGUGAAUAAAGAAACUGGCUAUGCCGAGCUCGUUGCUUCCCCACGGGACCUGUUCUACCAUGAUCUGCCAGAGGAAGAGGCCCAAUACUGGGUCUCUCAGCUCACUAGUCAGAGCCUGAAGGCGUUGUUUGAAGGCGGCGAGUACACUUACGCCGGGUGGAGAGAUGUGCCGUCUUGGUACAUCGGGACUGUGGAGGAUCAGGGAUUACCAGUGCUGGCUCAGCGGAUGUCAGUUGGUAUGGCGAGAGAGAUGGGGGCUAGUGUGGAGCAUCGAGAGCUGCAAACGAGCCAUUCGCCUUUUCUGAGUCAACCUGGGUUAACGGUGGAAAUCAUUCUGGAGGCCGUUGACGCAUUUAGUCACUCAAGGAGCAACAAAACCAAGUCGACCGUUGAUGGAGGUGAUCGUGCGAUAGUCGUGCCGGGUGCUGCUCUCUUCAAGCCUUUGACUUGGUUCAAAUUUGGGCUACCGAUGGCCUUUGGCCGUCUGUUGGGCCGAUGCAUUCUUUUAUUUAACUGGGGAAGAAGGGUAUGGAGAGCCACGUUCCGGUGAUCGGCAUCCUUGAUUAGAGGAGCUUCUAGAUUCACUGGAGGAUCUCUUGUUUUGUAUAGUAGUGACAGAAUGCUCAGUAUAUUUCGCGACUUUGGCUAUUUGUGAUGUUGUGGAUCUGUUCCUGCUGCGCAUAAUAGGGAUAAUCAUCUGACCCUGCUAAAGACCGAUGUUACUUGCUAUUUUGUAAGUUGCAUGGGUGUUUGCAGGUACCCCGAGCAGGUCAGGUUGGAGUCCAUAAGCACAUGGUUUGACCAAGUCUUAUAGUUGGUUUUCCGUCAUUACCUUAUAAUCCGGGAACAAGUAUUCCGACAUGAAAGGCA